AUGCUGACGAUUGCCUACUGCCUCUCCACCUUCACGUUUGAUCGAGAGAAGUUUGCCAUAAACCUUCGUGUGUUUCCUGCUGGCUGGUUCGAGCAAAGCGCCAGCGUCGUAGCCGACCCCGUACAGACUGCUGUGAUCUACAAAAGUCUUAAGUCAUUACGCAUCAUGUCAGUUAUGGAUUUCUUUUCUCGCUUAGGAGUCAAUGGCACUCUGUGCUUCAGACUUCGCAGCGUAGUGGAUCUCAUUCAUAAUCCUAAGAAACAGCAGAGCAGUGUGUACCCGUGUGGCAUGAGAACGUCUUCUCUGGCGUGUGCACCUCAUCCUGAGUGUGUGGUGAAGGCAAGACGGUGGGUUAUUGUGGAACAUGGCUCACUAACGCAGUGUCCAUGCUUGACAAUGAUCGAUCCAGAUAUCGCACCAAAGACGUUCGCAGAGUGGCAAAACCCGACGAAUGUAACUGAGAAAGUGGCACAACUGGCUGCAACAGGGGAUCUCCAGACUAUUCAAAUAACGAACCGCUACCUUGCACAGCUACCAGAGGAACUGCGACUCUUACACACACACUCAAGUGUUUCCAGCGUGGGUUAA